AUGCCUGCCAAACGACACGCGGCCACAACCACCUCCGCGGCGACCCCAGCAACAACAGCACCGCUCUCCUCCGGUCCCGCGACCCUGAAGACGAAUGCCUCGCCCGCUGAAAUCGCCCAACAUGUCUGGCAGCAGUACCUGGCGACCACGCCGCAGCGCACAAUGCUCCUGGACGCCUUCAUGGCGUUCCUUGUUCUUGUAGGCGGAUUGCAGUUCUUGUACUGUGUUCUCGCUGGAAAUUACCCCUUCAACGCCUUCCUGAGUGGUUUCAGCGCCGCCGUCGGCCAAUUCGUUCUGACUGCCAGUCUGCGCAUGCAGACAAGUGACUCCGGCUCUGAUGUUAGUAAGCCUAGUUCCAAGGGGAAGAAUGCGCGGUUUGCUGAAGAGAGUGAGGAGGGAACGGGUAUCUCGCACGAAAGAGCAUUCGCCGAUUACAUCUUCGGCAGCCUUAUUCUACACUUCUUCUGCAUCAACUUUAUCAAUUAA